UCUCCUUCUCUUGACUCAACCCAAAAGUAUCCACAUCAACUUUCACCCCUCAUCACAGUCAACAUGCCUACUGGAGGAUGUAUGUGCGGCAACGUCCGUUAUGAGGUGCAGGGCGACAUGGAGGCCCAGAUCCUUUGCCAUUGUUAUGACUGCCGUAAAAUCUCCGGAACGACCUAUUCGACAAAUGCCCUCCACAGCAAGGAUGGAUUCAAGAUCCUCCAGGGAACUCCAAAGGAACACAAGAAGACAGCGGAUAGCGGGAGCAACAUUACAUCCUUCUUCUGCGGUGAUUGCGGCACCACCAUGUGGCGGGAAAGUGACAGCUAUACUGGCAAGAUGAUCAUCAAGGUGGGAACUCUAGACGAUCAUAGCAUCCUUGACAACUUCAGCACCAAGGUGGAACUGUUCACCAAGAACAGGCCCAAGUGGGUUGGCACUCAAGAGGGUGCUGUUCAAAAGUAAACCAUAGCUUGAGCGUUCCGGCGUUCGUUUAUGGACAAAGGCAGCGGGAAUCAGGUAUACGGAUCGAACGGCGACGAGCGGCAACGGGAGUGGUGGAUGAUUGCGGACUAGGAGUCGGCUGCGAGUGCCAGACCAGGUAUCGAAUCUACAAGCUCUAUUCAGAGUCUG